UGCAUGGGCUCCAUUUUUGGAUUGUUGGUCUGCAAUGGCCCGUAAUUUAAACGUUUGUUGCGUACCGCUCCAGUAGCAGUAGAAGUGGUAGUAGGUCGUGGUUUGUUACGGUGCUUGCUGUUUUAUAGCAUUUUGUUAGAUAAGUACGCUGAGCUGAACACAAGGCCGACAUUGUGAGGAAAGACUCGUUUUUUUUUUCAUUGUGCGUGUGCCCCCGACUGUAGGACAUACGAUGGUGUUAACCGCGCAAGCGGAGAAAAAAGUUUACGAGAAUGCUGAAGUCGUAGAUCUCGAUAACAAUGUCGCAGUAAAAGGAUCCGUUAGGGUUGUGGAAUUCUGUCCUUGCAAAUGGAAUGCCUCUUUGCUGGCCGUAGGCACGAGCUCGGAAGUGACCGUCUUUUGUCUCAAGCUACCGGAGGAAAAUUUGUCAACCGAAGAAGCCAGCGUGGAAAUUGUGAAAACGUUUAACCAUCCGUCAGCGAUUACCUCUUUAAGCUGGAGUCCAAAUAUGUCGCUUGUGAUCCAACCUGUCUGGAUGAGGUUUGUUACCGCGGCCACAGACAACAAGAUCCGUAUCUUUUUCUCGGACCUCAAGGACGAGACCACCAUGAAGGAGCUUGAGGGUCACGGGGACUACAUCAAUGCAGUGGCCGUAGAGCCUCGACAGGGCACCCUGGUGGCCAGUGUUUCGGACGACAACAGCUGUCGUCUGUGGGGUAUUGAGGAGGGGGAACAUCAACAGGUGCUCACCCUGCGCUCCCCUGGCAUGAGCGUCUGCUGGCACCCAGAGGAACCGGGCAAGUUGAUGGUCGGCGAAAAGCGCGGCACGGUGCGGAUGUACAACGCAGCCAGUGGUCAACCGCUGAUGUCACUGGAAACGCUGGUGGCACCCCUGCUCUCCGCCGACUGGCUCGUGACCAACAGUACUUUGGUAGGAGCCGCUGCCGGGAACAGCUGCUUCCUCUGGGACAGUGCUCGGACAAGCCGUCCCUUCACGCAGAAAGCGGUGCACACGAGCAGCGCCAUGGAGUUUCGUUUCUCCAGAACCACCAACUCUGCCGUGUGCGCCACACGGGGCAGCCACGGCAAACAGGUCAAGGCGAUAAACCUCAAAACGAACCAGGUGCUGUUCACAAAGACCGGCAUAGUGGGGCGUGGCAUCAGCUGGCACUGCAAGUUUCCCAUCCUUGCCAUUGGUGGAGACUGUAAGGUACACCUCUACAGGAUCAAUGCUACGUGACCUUAGAAUAAACCUCAUUGAACGUG